AUGGCUGCUCCUCCCGCCUACAUCAUCUCCAAGGUCGCCGACCCUAUCUUCGCCUUAGUAAUUGGGCUCGGCGCUGCUGCCACAAGGAUUAACCGUGAGGAGAAGGAGAAGGGCAAGACCACGCAGCAGACCAUUGCGGCGGCUAAGAGACGUCUUGGGUUGGUCAAGGCUACUGCAUAG